AAAAAAAACAUCCCAAAGAUUUUAAUGUCACUUUUUUGAAAAUUUUUGAAUUGGUCUACACAAAAAUAUCGACUGCAAAAAGAAAAGAAACAUAAAAAUAAUUUUGGACUUAAAUCUGAAAUAAUUCAACAAAAAUGUCUGGUUUCCAAAACGGUUUCAAUGAUUUUCCUGAUUUAGAUGGAAAUGGGGCUGCUACUAUUAUUAGCAGCAGCCGUUCUACCCCCGGCCGUUCUAUUCCCUACAUUGGCCGUUAUCGUAAUAGUCUCUUAGGAAAUAUAUCUCAUCGACCUCUUGAGGGCUAUAAUGGCCAUUAUGAGGGUGACACAAGCAUGUUGGGUAAAAAGUCCUUCCUGUAUACUUCAAAUAUGGGGGAUAGCGACAAUAGCAUCGAUGAUGAUACGAAGAUAGAUGACCAUAAUGCUAAUAUAAAUGCCAAUGAAUCCCCCAGGUUAGAGGAUAAAUCCGCCGCGACUCUUUUACAAGAAAGUCAAUUUUGGAAUCUGAUGGCAGCCUAUUUGUUAAGAUUUUUGCCUCCACAAAUGAUGGAGAAUUUUACCAAAUUUAUAAUCUUUUUUUACGAGAGUGCUCGUAAAGGUUUUCUUUACAAGAUUUGGAACUUAAUUCGAUUUAUUGUCGUUUGCACCUUUCGUUUGUUGUCUAUCAUUGGUGCAAAAAUGCAAAAUGGCGUAUCAUUGUGGAUAUUCCGUAUCCAUAAUGCCUGCAGACGUCUUUUGUGGUUAAUGACUUUGGCAAAAUAUGGAGAUUUGUUGCUAUUCCUUUUGAUCUUGUUGUGUAGCCCUUUGGUGUUCCUUAUGGCAGCCGUGGGCUUUACUCUAUCUCUAUAUGCCUUACUUAAGGAACUACUUCACGCCGCUACAGCUGGACUACGAUCGGCUAUAUAAAUUCCCAUAUUAAUUUUUCUCUUCCUGUUACGUUAGUAUAGAUUUUUUUAAAUUUUUUCCAAAUAAAAAGAUUUUUUAUA